ACACACAGGGGAAGAGUGACAAGCGUGCGCUUUUCACAGUUCCUUGGCUCCGUUUAUCAACCCCCUUUUAACAUCCAAGGCUGUUCUUUGACUCUUAAUCACUUAACAUGCAAAGUUGGGUAAGAGAGUGGAGAAAUCACUCAAACAUUACAGACCUGUCCUUGGCACAUGAGAUCCUAUGGGUCUUUUAAAAGUAUACAUGAUGAAGGAGAAGAAGCCUCUCUUCCUAGCUCUCCCAAACUGGAGAAAGGUCACCAUCAUGCGCAGGCUAAUCAAGUCACGGAGGUUUCCCCUCCAGAAGUCAAAGCAAAGGUUACGCUCUCCUUGCCUCCCAACAUCGACAGCUUUCCCCUCUCUUCCUUCAUGAAGUCUCACCUCCAGGAGGGGAGUUUUCCUGCUCUUGGACAGCCCCUGCAACAGCCUUUGACUCGAUUAGAUGCUGAGCACAGGCAAAGUGCUCUGCAGCUCAACAAACUGAUCCUGCGGUUCAUAAAUGACAAGGACCUGCAAGGCUGGCAAGAAGAGCUCCUGGGGAACUACAUAGCAAGUCGAGGGCUGGCCAACCGUUCCCUGCGCAACGAACUGCUGAGCCAGGUGGUCAGCCAGUUGUGGAAGAACCCAGAUCUGGAGCAGUGCCAGCGAGGCUGGGUCCUGAUGGCUGUCCUCCUGGGCUCUUUCACCCCUUCAUCAGCCCUGGAGAAGCCCCUGCUGAAGUUUGUCUCAGACCAUGGCCUGGAGGGAUACAAUGGUGUGUGCCAGCGCAAAAUUCUGACAUCCAUGAAGCAGAUGGAAAGUUAUCCAGAGUUGUCGCGUGCUUUUCCUCCCACCCGGCUAGAGUGGACCACCAACCAAAGGAAAGGCAAAAUGGUGCUGGAUGUCUACACCUAUGAAGAGGAGAGGUUUUCAGCCGAAGUGGAGUCCUGGACAACAGGAGAACAAUAUGCAGGCUGGAUCCUGAGUUCAAGGGGACUGGAUAAGGUCCCUCGUGGCUGGUCUGUGUCCAUGUUCACAGGCACGGUAUGGCAGGAUUUACUGGGCUGUGACUUUGUGCUGGAUCUUAUUGGAGAAACAGAGGAAGGCAGCUGGCCCUCUGAAUCUUCCCCUGGCUAUCCCAUAACACCAGAAUGGGAUGAGGGCUACUCGCAGCAGAACUCUUUGGAUAUGAACCUCUUAGACAUCCCUCCGGCACCAGGCAUUCAAGCACCUUCCUUCCCCCCACCCUCUCUGCCUCCAGAUUUUGACAAUGAUGCCUAUUCAGAGCCACGCACCAGGGAUACUUCCAGAUCUUCCCCUGGAAUGGAUCACUAUGUGGAUGAUCUCUUCAUACCAUUGCUGCAUCAUGGGUCCAGGGCUCAUAUGUUAGACAUGGAGAGCGAAGGGAGUUUGACCGGACGCAUGAAAGGAGGUGGGAAAAUUGGGCCCACUCACCACGGAGCCUUUCCAGGUGCAGGCUACCCAGGAAUGAUGCAGAUGCCAGCUUACCAAGCUAUGCCAGUAAUGGGAGGAAUGAUGCCACCAGCCAUGCCACUGAUGCCAGGGCUAGGAGGAAUGGGACCCAUGCCAGGUAUGGUGCCAUCCGUGGAUCCCACUCAGUUAGUAGCAGCACAGCAACAAGCCUUUAUCAACCAACAGGCCUUGCUCAUGGCUCAGCAGAUGACUCUUCAGGCCAUGACAAUUUCCCAACAACAGCAGCAGCAAGAGCAGCAACGCCGACCCAGGGAGAGAUCUCCUGAACCAUCACUGCAGAGAAGACUUCCUGAACCUUCAAGGCAAAGGCGGACAUCACCAUGGAGGCAGUCUCCUGAGUCUCCAAGACAAAGGCGAGCAUCACCACGGAGGCAGUCUCCUGAGUCUCCAAGACAAAGGCGAGCAUCACCACGGAGGCAGUCUCCUGAACCUUCAAGGCAAAGGCGAGCAUCACCACGGAGGCAGUCUCCUGAGUCUCCAAGGCCAAGACAAGCUGCUCCUCCAUCUCAGCCAGCCCCAGCUCUUAAACUCAAGGAACUCAACAGCAACAAAGACACGUCGGUACUUGACAGACCAGAAUGUCCACCUCAGCCAGCAGCACCGAUCCACACCUACCAAGAAAAGCAGCACUCAGAUGUUGGAGAAGACUCUGUCUCUCGGGGGACUUUCCAGAAGAAAAUUGAGUAUUUCCAAAGAAUGGGGCUGCAAACAAAUCAUAUACAGAAAAUCACUCCCUCUUCAAAGAAAUGGAAUUCUCCAAAGAAACUGCAAUUAGAGGGUCCAGAGGGACCUCAAAGGGCUAAUCCAGAACCACAUCCAGCCCUGCCACCUCCUGCACAAAAGGGAAAUGACCAAGAAGAGGAAGCCAAGGAGGACUUGCCCUCUACGAUGACGACUUCGGAUCUGACACAGAAACCUGAACCGAGCCAGGAGAUACGAAAUGUCAUUAAAACACUUAAGAACCAGCCAGUCCCACCUCCGAAGCCCAUCAUGCCUCUGAGAAAUGUAUCUAAUGUCUUCUUGAAGAAAGGUGACCCAAAGAAGGAAGCCCUGGCAAAGCUGGGGAUUGUGGGAUUGUCUCCUUCACCGCCAUCCUCUGCAUCACCAGAGAGGAGCCCUCAAGCAACAUCCCCACCACCCCCACCACCUGGCAAGCUCUCCAGUUCCAUCAGAGAAAAACAGCUGCCUCUCAUGAACCUCUUUGCUCGGCCACUUGCCUCGCCCCCUGCCUCGGGGCUUCCUUCACCCCCGACUGUGCCACCACCCCCACUACCCGCUCCUGCACCUUCCCUCCCUUCAGACAUUGCCACGAAAGAAACGAGCUCAAGAGGCUUGGCUCAGAGGAUGGUGGAAGAAGAUGAUGGUAUCAAAACCCAGCUGCUCAGUCUUUCUGCUAGUGUCAGCUUCUCCUAUGCCAACCCUAGCUGGAAGCUCUUCCUGCGCAAAGAGGUUUUUUACCCCAAAGAAAACUUCAGUCAUCCUUAUUGUUUGAAUCUGUUAUGCAACCAGAUCAUGAGAGACACUUAUUCAGAUUCAUGCAUUCGGAUCUCCAAAGAGGAGAGGCGCAAGAUGAAAGACCUGUUGACGAAGUUCCAGGUGGGUAUGGAUGCCAGCUCAAUUCCAGAAGAUGGGAUAAAGAAGAGGAUUGUGGUGGCUGCUCGUGAUAACUGGGCCAACUAUUUCUCUCGCCUUUUCCUAGUGAAGGGAGAAAAUGGGAGCGAUGUUCAGAUUCUGGGUGUUUCUCACCGCGGGCUGCAGCUGUUGAAGAGAGUGAAAGGAGCUACCAUCAGUGCUGAGCAUCUGAAAGUCCUUUGCAGCUACAGUUAUGCAGAUGUGCUGUCCUUAGAGCUGAUGGGCCAGAGCAUCCUUCAGUUCUCUCUGAAGAAUGAGCAGCUUAUCCUUCACUCUCCAAAGGCCCUGCAGAUUAAGGUCAUGGUGGAGCUCUUCCUGCAUGAACUGAAACAGGAUUCCAAAUAUGUCAUUGCUCUACGCAACUACAUAACAGAUGACAAGAGCCUCUUAAACUUCAAGAAGGGUGACCUCAUCUCGCUGCUGCCCAUGGAGGGACUGAAGCCAGGCUGGCAGUUCGGUUCCAUUGGUGGUCGCUGUGGCCUUUUCCCUUCUAGCAUGGUGCAGCCUGUGGCAGCUCCCAGUCACCUCGGCCUCCAUGUGAACAGACAGGAAGAGGUCCGGAAGAGCCUGAGGAGAAACACACAAAUGAGAAUCAUCAGCAAGGAGAAUUCUGUCACUGAGCAAGAGUCAGAAGUCACUGGUACAACUGCCACCAGCACCCUGACUCCUGAUAUCUGCCACUACACUAUGGCGGAGUUUGCUGCAGGACACUUCCGGGAAGCCCAUACGACGCUGGGAUGGAAUGGGAUGAGCGCUGAACAGAAGAACCCAGCUAUCUUGGUUCAGCAUACUAAGGUACCGAUCCAGGAACCGCUCCUGUUCUCCUCUUUUGGCGAGAUGAAUGAACUGGCCACAAAAAGUUUUAUGACUCUGAUGAGGCUCAUGGGAGACCAGCCGGGCCUCAAGGGACAAAAUGAGGUGGAUUACAUCUUUGAAAUUCUCCAGCUGUGCAAAAAGAAGAAGGAUAUUCAAGAUGAAGUUUACUGUCAGGUCAUCAAGCAGAUCACCCAGAAUCCCAGACCGGCCAGCUGCCGUUAUGGUUGGCAGCUCCUGAAACUCCUGACUGGAUACUUCCUCCCCUCCAACACCUUGAUGCCCUAUGCCACGAAGUAUUUGCAGCAGGCCAGCUCGGACAACUCCAGCCCCUUCACAGAAAUAGCCAGAACUUGCCAGGACAACUUGAGGAAAAUAGUCAUGUAUGGAGGCCGCCAGCACCUGCCGUCCCAUGUAGAGCUGGAAGCAGUUCUGAAAGAACGUAGUUUGCGCCAUAUCUCAACUAACCUGCCUGGAGGUCUGAGAUACAGUACAAAAAUUAAGACAUUCACGGUGGCUGCUGAUGUGCUGAAGGAAAUAAGUGAGCAGAUAGGGGUCAUUGAGCCAGAGGAGGUUCUGGAAUUUGCCAUCUCCGUCAACAAAGACAAUGGCAAGGUAGUACGGCCCUUGCACCACAAGGAGUACAUCCAUGACCAUUUGUUGGAGAAGCCUUCAGUAGAGCUGGAUUUCUGCAGGAUAACCUGGAAGACGCCCUUGCACUUUGAAAACACCAUUUACGUCAACAUUCACUAUCAUCAGCUACUGCAGAAUUACAUGAACAGAAAGCAGCUGUUGCCGCACACCAGUGAACUGGAGGAGCAGGUGGGGACCUUGGCUCUGCUCCAGCAUUGGGCCAGAGGAGCUGAAUCUAUCCCUUCUAUACAGGAGCUGAUAGGUUACAUCCCUGAUUCUGUGGCACAUCUCAUCAACCGAGAGCGCAUUCAAGCCACUGUCACUGGUCAGCUGGAAACCAUGAAACCACUUGAGCAACAGGAGGCAAAAAUAAGUUUCAUUGAGCAUGUGACACAGCUGCCACUCUUCGGCUACAAUGUUUACCCUUUGGAGAGGAUCAGCAUACCUGGGAUCCCCACGCCAUGUGUUGUAGGAGUGAAUCAGGAACAGAUCAUUGUCAUGGAUGGCAAGUCCCAGAGCCUUCACUGUCUCAUUCCAUUGAAGGAGAUGCAGCUGAUGCGAACCUUACGGCCCCUGGAUGACUCCAGCAUGCCUGGCCUGGAAAUAAACUAUGGCUCAGCAGAAGAUCCCAAAACAAUAUGGUUUGAAUUGAAACAGGCUAAAGCACUGUAUCAUACAAUUGGCAUCAUCACAGAAGAAGCAGAGUCCCAGGUUUAGUGACAGCCAAUGGAAGAUCACAGCAAUGUCCUUUCCUCAGUGCUGGGGGGAAAAAUAGUAUACUCCUCUGGUAUGUUGAGUGGCCAUGCACUGUGCCAGCAGAGAGACUUGGAGACCUCCUUCAACCAAAUGCAGUUCAUCACAACCAUCCGUAUGACGCUUUAUCUUGUUCUGCCUCAUGCUACAACUUUGCUGCAAUGAGGUUGUGGCCCACAUUCAGUCUUCCCUGAUUCCUUUCAGAGAUGCUUCUAAACUAGCCUGCUCUGCUCAACCCUUGGACUGCCAAAAGAACUUAUUUUAUAUUUCAAGUGCAUCUCAUUACAUGGAAUGAGUUCCAGGGUCUUAAUAUGUAGACUGUUUACGGUUGCUCACAUGAUGUGCUGCAUUAUGUCUCCAUAAGGCUCUGCCCCAACGCUGCUCUCAGCAAGCGCUCACGUGUCUUCCUCGUUGGUCUCAAUGGAGAAAAGGGCGAUGGCGCUGCUUAUGCAAGUGAUUCUUCAGAGCAGCCUCGGCUUGCUUAGGAGUUUGCAGCCGCCCCAUGGUGGAGUGUUGGGAGACAUAAUGCUGCACAUCAUGCAAGCCCGUGUUGUCUUUGGUGUCUGAACACCACCUUGUUCACAGUUAAUAGUGGUUUUCACGGCUGCUAACAAAUGUAUUAGUCAGGGGUUUCUUACUCUGCGUGUGCAGCUAUAAGAGUCCCAUCGUCCUGCCUUUUAUGUCCCAAUGCGCAAGAGCUGCGUCUCAGCCCAGGUGAACCUCUUUUUGAGCCUGGUUUCACUAGCUAAAUUAUUUAAGUGUACUCAGAACAGCACCAGUGUAAGUAUUUCCUUGUAACUGCAUUUUCUCCUAGUGAAUAAAGGCACCUUUUCCUCAGCAAUACAAAGCAUGACAGCCUUCAUUAAAAUGGGC